AUGCUACGACACGGACUUUUCUCACGUCUACAUCGUUUGCAAGCCCUUUGUCAGCUUCAUCAACCCCAAUCAUCUAGUCUUCGAUUAGCUUCCGCUUGGAUCAAUCCACUCAUUUCACAUGUCGAUCCAGGAAGAGCUCAAGAAGUUAAUGCGGAGAAACUCUUCACUUCACCCGAAGUUCAAGAAUUGCUUACAAAGUUGACCGGAGCCGAUCUGCAGAACAAAAUCUUUCGAUCGAGAAGGAUUUCAACUCCACAAAAUCGAUCUCAUUACGCACUGAUGACAGACGAGCGAUGGGAGAAAACGAUGGAGCGGAUGCAAGAGGAGGCACAACAUUUCCUUCAAUUUAUUCCGCUAAAAGAGCCAAGGGUUGAAACGACCGAGACUUUGAUUGUCGAUAAAGAGAUUGCCGGAUUCGACAAAUCAAAAUUCGUCUUCACUGACAUUUCUUUUGAUGCCACGGAUCAAGACCGAACCGUUGUUGUGCGAGAAGUAGAUGGAUCGCUGAGGACAGCCACUCCUGAAGAACACGAUCGAAUGAAUCGAGUGUACUACGAGAAAUCAAAUCGUCCGGUGGUUGAACCAGCCGUCUUUUCCGAUCCCUACUUACAAGAUGCGCUUGACCGAAAUGAACACGAGUUCCUUAUGGAUUGGGCUUGUAUGUACUUUGAAGUGGAUGAUCCGAAGUUCAUCAGUUUGUCAAAAACGGUAUACGAUCGGAUAAUCGCGACAAAGAACUUCGAUUCUCUAUAUUCGACUCGACACUUCGGCACUCUUGUAUUUUAUUUGGCGAUUAACAACAAUUUGCCACCAUUGUUGAAUUUCUUUGCCAACUUGGGACAAUUGAGUGAAUGUGCUUCGUUGGUGAGGUUGCAAAAGUCUUUGUAUCCCGAUUGGAGGCUAGCUAUCGGAAGUUACGACUCAGAUUUUAAAAUUCUUCAGGAUUACGUCAAGCAAAACACACGCUUUAAACAGGAAUUGGGUGACGUGGCCUCUACGGAUCAGUCUGAUGUCUAUGGAAUCUUGAAAGGCGUCAUUAGCACAAAGCUGCCAACCCUUCGUUUCAAUGUGACGAUGACGUUGGAUGAUUGCUUCUGUUUCUUGUGUCAGGCAUAUCUCCAUGCGAGUUGGGCACUCAAUGUGAACGAUGGUCAUAUAUUGGACGAGCUGAGAAAUUUUACUCUUUUCAGAAAC